AUGAAAGAAGAAUUGCACGUCGAGAGAGACAGAGUGAUACGUCUGGAGUAUUGUCGACUUGUUCUAGAAUUGGAAAAUGCAUUGGAAAUGCAAUCAGACGAAUUAUUACGACAAUUGCAGAGACGAGAAAAUCGAAUGCUCUCGGUACAGUCACCGAGCACGGCCGGCAUGGACCGUCUCAUCGGAACCUCCAUAGGAACCUCCAACGGCGGGGGCUCCUCAAUGAGCUCCUCCGGCUCCUCUGCCGGACCGCCACUGGUCGUAGUCGUCGGAGCAGGAGUCAAGGCGAGACGAGGAGCAGGAGGAGGAGGAGGAGGAGGUUCCGGAGGCUCAACAGUCGGAGGAGACAGCGGGAGGCUGGACGAAAAGCAUCAACAAGAACUAAGUUUGAUAAUGGGGAGAUCCCAUUAUGUAACUGGCGGUUUGAGUGGUGAAUCAUUGUACCCCCAUAGCAUAAGAUUAGCAGAUGGAGAACCUCUGGAAUCCAUUCAUAGUCUUCUACAUUUGAGGGCCCCAUAUCAGCACUCCGAAUUAACAAGAUCAUCAGUACAACCACCACCUAACAAGUCAGUUUGCGACGUUCCUGUUCACUUCACGCAUCAUCAUCAACAGCAACUAUUGAAUCAUCAUCAUCACCAGCAGCAACAGAUGUAUAAUAAUGUAAGCCAAUCGCAAAAUUCGCCAACGAGCGGCUGUUUUUCAACUCAAAGGUCACUCACUCAUCCAGCCAUGUCUACGGUUAUGGCAAACCAGAAUUCUGGCCAAAACCAUCACCCAACCAGAAGAGCUGCGAAUCAUUCUAAUAAAAGACCGCAUCAGCAUAUGUCUGCACCAGUCUUGUACCAGAGUGAUCCCCAUAAGUCUUCAAGCACUCAAGCUCUUCUUCAGUCAUCUAGUUCCUGUUCAACAUGUUCCAACAACGAGGACAAUAGGUUGUCUUCGAAUUCCAACUCGUCUUCACUUCAAGUAUUUGGCAGCUCCUGCAGCAACAGAAGCAGCAACUGCUCCUGCUGCAGCAACAGGUGCCUAGAUCAAUCUACAUCGACGACUACUACUCUGAUUUGCCAGGAGAUGCUCUCGGUACAGUCACCGAGCACGGCCGGCAUGGACCGUCUCAUCGGAACCUCCAUAGGAGCCUCCAACGGCGGGGGCUCCUCAAUGAGCUCCUCCGGCUCCUCUGCCGGACCGCCACUGGUCGUAGUCGUCGGAGCAGGAGUCAAGGCGAGACGAGGAGCAGGAGGAGGAGGAGGAGGAGGUUCCGGAGGCUCAACAGUCGGAGGAGACAGCGGGAGGCUGGACGAAAAGCAUCAACAAGAACUAAGUUUGAUAAUGGGGAGAUCCCAUUAUGUAACUGGCGGUUUGAGUGGUGAAUCAUUGUACCCCCAUAGCAUAAGAUUAGCAGAUGGAGAACCUCUGGAAUCCAUUCAUAGUCUUCUACAUUUGAGGGCCCCAUAUCAGCACUCCGAAUUAACAAGAUCAUCAGUACAACCACCACCUAACAAGUCAGUUUGCGACGUUCCUGUUCACUUCACGCAUCAUCAUCAACAGCAACUAUUGAAUCAUCAUCAUCACCAGCAGCAACAGAUGUAUAAUAAUGUAAGCCAAUCGCAAAAUUCGCCAACGAGCGGCUGUUUUUCAACUCAAAGGUCACUCACUCAUCCAGCCAUGUCUACGGUUAUGGCAAACCAGAAUUCUGGCCAAAACCAUCACCCAACCAGAAGAGCUGCGAAUCAUUCUAAUAAAAGACCGCAUCAGCAUAUGUCUGCACCAGUCUUGUACCAGAGUGAUCCCCAUAAGUCUUCAAGCACUCAAGCUCUUCUUCAGUCAUCUAGUUCCUGUUCAACAUGUUCCAACAACGAGGACAAUAGGUUGUCUUCGAAUUCCAACUCGUCUUCCACUUCAAGUUUAGGCAGCUCCUGCAGCAACAGAAGCAGCAACUGCUCCUGCUGCAGCAACAGGUGCCUAGAUCAAUCUACAUCGACGACUACUACUCUGAUUUGCCAGGAGGUACAACCAGGAACUAGUAGGGUGAUGUCCAGUUGUGGAAGAUGUGCAGAAUGUGGGGCUUCAAGUGGAAGCAGCAAAGUGACUAAUAGAUACAUGAGUUGCAGUGGAAGGGCAGCAAGUAGUGCAAGUGGACAUGCCAGAAGUCAUUCUUUGUCUUCGAGGUCUAAAUCCAGGAAUAGUGACAAUGGUGAACAGAAGAAGGAUACCAUUUGGUCUGCUUUUAGACAGAAUGUUUUUGGCAGGUUUGGUCAAAAAUCAACAGGAGAUUCAUCCGACGAGCAACCCAGCACAAACCAAGAUUCCAAAAACCAAAAACACAGAUCGACACAUCACAAAACGACAUGCUCUCACAACUCUCCCAGCCUGUCAUCAUCGCACCGAAGAAAAACCAACCAGCAACCCUUGCAACAAAUGGCAGUCCUGGUACCGGUUAAUAAUUAUCACAAUCAAUCAGCAUCUAUCAGCAAAUCGUCAUCGAAUCAAUACAUAGCCCCACCUGCAAACGUAGUUUGCACAUCGGUCAAAAGCAAUUUAAAAACCAGCACUAGUGUUCAAUGUUUGGAUAAGAAAACUGACUUAGAUUUAAAUAAGAGGAUGAACGACUCCGACGGUUCUUCUUCGGAAGAUAAUUCAUCGACUGUGUCCAUGAUGUGAUUGG